AUGGCACCCUUGAUCAAUCUUGAUGCACACAGAGAUCAAGUCCUACGUCUCUGCGCUGACCGCACUCCCUUGCAGGAGAUAUGCAACGUCUUGCACGACCAGCACAGUAUCUCCAUCACCGUCAAGACCCUCCGUCGCCGCAUCGACGACUGGGGCUUCGAGACUCGCGUUGCACAUGGAGCGAUUCGAGACGACGCCCUGCGCGAGCGAAUUAGGAAACUAGUCUGUGAGGAGAGAAUUCCAACAAAGAAAAUCCUCACCCUCCUUGCCGAGGAUGGAAUUACCAUCUCCGACACCACGUUGAGGAGGAUCCGAAAGGAUCUGGGAAUUGUGCUUCGACACGAUGAUCCGGCCAAAUUGGCCCGACACCGUGAGCGCAUGCGACUGCGUCGACAGUUGGAGAUUUCGUUAAAUGGCCAGCUCCCUGCCAAAUUGACUUCUUCUCCCACCUCUGACGAAAUGGCCCCGACGACACCCACGAUUCUUGUCCUGGGCACCUGUGACACCAAACUGUCCGAACUUCUAUACACCAAAUCGCAGAUCGAAAAAUAUGUCCCGUGCACCGUCCAAAUCAUGGACAUUGGACGUAGUGCUACUAGUCACGAGCUCAUCACCUUCACCCAGGACAUCUACACGUCCCAUUUUACGUCCCUGAAACGCCCCACCGUCGAGAUUGAAUCUCUCGACAGGUCAAAGUACAUCGAUACACUCGCACCGUACGCCUGUUCCUUUGUCGCGGACCUCUUCGCUGAGAAUAAACUGCAUGCGAUCCUAGGCAUCGGAGGAUCAUGCGGGACAGCGCUGGCGACGCAGGUCAUGCGAGAUGCCCUCCCGGUGGGAUUCCCCAAGUUGAUGGUAUCCACGAUGGCGUCCGGGAUGUGGGACCGACGGAAUCGUCUGCUGGAGAGAGUCCUGGGGAAUGCCGCCGGUGCCAUUGUCGGCAUGGCAAAGGUGUAUUUCGACGAUCUGGUGUCCAAGUCGACACCCACCCGGCCAGACGAUCAACCACACGCAGUAUCAGACGAAAAAACACAUUCAACAGACAGCAAUCAAUCCCAACCCGAGUCUCAAUCCCAAUCAGACCCCGUCCGCAUCGGCAUCACCAUGUUCGGCGUCACCACCCCCGCUGCGACAACCGCCCGUCAUCGUCUCGAAGCCAUCCUACCCAACUGCGAAAUCUACAUCUUCCACGCUACUGGAUCCGGCGGUAAAGCCAUGGAACGGCUCAUUUCCGAACAUCAACUCGACGCCGUCCUCGAUCUCACCACCACCGAGAUCGCAGACCACGUCGUCGGUGGCGUUCUCAGCGCCGGUCCGUCUCGAUUAUGCGCCGCCACGAAGAGGAACAUCCCACGGGUGCUCAGUCUUGGGGCCUGUGAUAUGAUCAAUUUCGGACCGCCCGAGUCAAUUCCGUCUGCGUUUGCAACCGGCUCGAACUUGAAUUUGGACUCGGCCCCAGGCUCAAGCUCAAGCCCGGGCUCAGCCUCAGCCUCAGCCUCCGCCUCCGGACCGCCACCAGGCGCGCAGCAGGAACGAGUCUUCCAUCGGCAUAACCCGACAGUGACGCUUAUGCGGACGACGAGUGACGAGUGCGUCCAAAUUGCCAAGUGUAUCGCGACGAAUCUGCUCGAGGGGAAUGCAGGGUGGGACGAGGAUUGUCGGACCAAGGUCAUCUUGCCCCUGGGGGGGCUGAGUUUGCUGGAUACCCCGGACCAGCCCUUCUGGGACCCCAAGGCGGAUCAUGCCUUGUUCUCCACCUUGGAAGAUGAGUUGCGAGGCAGCGAGAUAGCGGUGGUCCGGGAUGAGAGACCGAUCAAUGACCCCGGGUUUGCAACGGCGGCGGCUGACUUGCUAGGUGACUUGAUUCACCAGAGUCGCCGCGCCCGCGAGAGCGAGGAGUAG